AUGGACAGACUUUCUCUCGAUCCAGAAGCCACACAGCAGCUACUAACCAAGUAUCAAAACGAACACAGUCUGAUCGCCGAAGGAGCUGCACUGAACCACGGCAUCAGCCCUAUCGAUUUCAACAGCCAUGUAGACGACGCACUCCCGCUCGAGGAGCUCUUAGCGCCUGAUCCAGAACUCUAUAAGAUGCUUCAAGAGAUGGACAGAAGCAAAGUGAAGCUGUGGCUACUCACUAAUGCUUACGUCAACCACAGCAAACGUGUUAUCCGCAUACUGGGGAUUGAGGAUCAAUUCGAAGGCCUGACUUAUUGUGAUUAUGGAGUUACACCUAUGCUUUGCAAACCUAGCUUUGAAAUGUUCAGGAAAGCAAUGAAAGAAGCCGGUGUGAACGACGUGGAAGCCUGUUACUUUGUUGACGACUCGGCUGAGAACUGUCGGCAGGCGGAGAAGCUUGGCUGGACUACCGUUCAUCUAGUGGAGGAAACGGCUCAGCCUCCAGCGGAGUAUGUUUGCGGACAUAAGGUCGCCCGCUUGAUAGAGUUGAGGGAGCUCUUUCCUCAAUUUUUCAUUUGA